CGUCAGUCGUCACAGCCGCCGUGGAUGCUGCGGCGAACGCACCUGUCUUGCGUCCGUGCCCGCGCGCUACUGUACGCGACCUUUACAUCGAUAGUAAAUAAACAUGCAGUAGCGUCCCAGUGAAAUGAAUAAAAGUGAGAGUUCAGUGACGGUGACUUGAAUUCUUAGAGGCACCUGCGUCUACGCAUCUCAGGACUAACCCUAGGCAGGGCGAUGUUAAGUGUGGUAGUGGUGGCAUUCGCGUGCCUCUCCCUGGCGCGCGCCUCGCCGCCUGAAACGCGCGGACUGCGUAACCACGUGCUCAACGCGUAUACUUCUAAGGAUUUAGGAAAAAUAUUAGCAAGCAUAGACGAGCGAUUACAAGUGUUAGACACGAUAAGCACAGUACAAGCAAAACAAGCGCGGCGCUUAGACGUAAUACAAGACAAACUGGAUCGAAUGGAAACCACGCUAUCUUUGAGACUAGAAAGAGCCCAGCUGGCGGCGGAGCGACUAGAACACAGACUCCACAUGCUGCAAACUAGCGUACAGACUACAGUUAAGGAAAGCAGCGAUAAAAUAGAGAAAACACAAACAAAUAUUGCGGAAAUAGCGCAAAAUCUGACUAAUAAUAUUAAUACACAUACAAAUUUGUUACAAAAGGUAAGUGGAGCUUACGCCGACACGUGGCGUCGAGGUCUCUUGUUAGAGUCGAUGGUGCGAGACGGAAUGUCCCUUGUGAACGUGACGAGACGAGAGCUCGCCAACGGUUUGCGCACUCUGGCGAGGGGACAGAGAGAAGUGCGCAUUACAUCGGCAGACUUGGAAGCGACGCUCACUAAACGUUUGCGAGAAAAUUCAUAUAAAGUUGACAUAAAGAUGAAAGAAGUUUUAGAUACGCAGAAGCGGUUUUUCGAUUCGUUCCAACGCGUCCAACUCGACGAUCCGACGCACGUAGCGGAUGUUCUGGACAAAUUGAUCGAUUCGCUUAUAAAUAAAACCGCAUCGACUUUUCGUGAGCUCCAAAACAUUCAACUCACCUUGAAGAACCAUGAUAACAAAGUCAUGAAACUAUUAAGCAAUCGUCCUACACAGACUGACGUUUCGUGUAAACGCCUCGAAAGUGUAUUCCGGAAUACAACACAAGCGGCGUUCAAUGAGAAGGAAUUGCAGCAACUGACUGAAAAGUUCAUAGGCUUGACCAACCGGGCCGACGCGGCUCUGCAGCGUAUGGAAGCGCGACUGCGCGAAGACACGGAACCGGUGCCUGCGUCUGACGUGACGGCCGCCGCCGACCAACUGUUACUAAAACUCAAAGGAAUAAACAGUGAAAUGAGCACAGAAGAAGAUGAAUGGAAAGACGCAGAAGAAGACAGCUUCUUUGACAAUAUGAGCUAUUCCAUGGAAGACCAAGAAAUACUAAGCAGCGCCCCCUACAGGAGCAAGCACACAACUACAGAGAGCACUCCUGUCAAACCUCACCGAAGACAUCUACACAAACAUCCAUAUGACCGUGGCCCAGUUUAAUCACUAAUAAAAUGUUAAUCAAUAAAUAUUAAUCUA